CCGCAGCGGCCGCCUGCUGCUCUUUGUGGCAGUCGCAGUCCUUUUGUGGGAGUCAGGUCUGUCCACUUGCCGGUCCCUCAGACUGUCGGCGGUCUCUGUCCGCUUCGGGACCUGUCCGCUGGUCGCUCCGCGUCCGAUGGCUCCGGGCCGCGGAACCUUAGGCCUGGCCCUGGUCUCCGAGCGCGAGUUCGCCGGGAGGAGCGUGUGGCGGGGGUGUGCCGGGGCGUGAGUGCGCCGGGCAUGGGGCUGAGCCUGGUGUGGGGAGUGGGUAUCUGCGGAGCCGGCCUGAACCCCACCUCAGCCGGGCGCGGGGAGGGGGCUCCGUGCGUGUGAUCGUGCAGCUGUGAGCGCGUGGCCGCCCCGCGGGGCUCCGCUGCAGGCCCCUCAGCCCCAGGAGCAGGACUCGCUCUUCAGGGCCUGCCCUGGAUCCUGGAGGCUACACAGCUGCCCGCUCCUCCCGGGGAGGCUGCCGUGGAGGCCAUGGAGAUCCCUGCCCCGGAGCCCGAGAAGACAGCUCUUUCCUCUCAGGAUCCUGCUCUUUCCCUGAAAGAGAAUCUCGAGGAUAUAUCGGGUUGGGGUCUUCUCGAAGCCAGGUCCAAGGAAUCGGUGAGUUUCAAGGAUGUGGCUGUGGACUUCACCCAGGAGGAGUGGGGUCAACUAGACUCCCCUCAGAGGGCCUUGUACUGGGAUGUGAUGUUGGAGAACUACCAGAACCUUCUUGCCCUAGGACCUCCACUGCACAAGCCAGAUGUGAUCUCUCAUCUGGAACGAGGCGAGGAGCCAUGGAGCAUGCAGAGGGAAGUCCCCAGAGGGCCCUGUCCAGACUUCUCUUCUGAGUUGGUUGAUAAAUAAGUGAUAAAUUCGGCUUAAUUUAUUGGACAGUGACUGCUGAGCAUGUUAGGUGUCUAGAAAGCUCAAGAAACACCUUUCUGUGGGAAAGGCAGCCGAUAAGCUGUGGAGCACAGAACAUGGGGGUCGGGGAAGGCAGCCCCUCCUCCAUCCUCCUCCGCUGCCACACACCACCCAGCCCCAACCUGCAACAGUGGCUGCAGCCCCAGCUUUCUGGUCUUUAUUUCUCACCCCAGCCUCUGAUGCUUGCUUUGUCCUCUUUAACAAAAUUACAGGUUUCAAAAAAUUCAUAUUUUUGUUUGAUUCAUAUAUGAAUAUACUGAAAAUGAGGCUGAAAGGUUACUGAAAUCCUGCAUAAUCUUUCCACCCAGAGAUAACGGUUCUCUAAUAACUGACCACGUCACUGAUUCCUCUGGGCCCUUCCUCUGUGUGCGGAUAGACUUUUCUAAAGCUACAUGUGGCCAGUCGUGAUGGCUCACACCUGUAAUCCCAACACUUUGGGAGGCCGAGGCAGGCAGAUCACCUGAGGUCAGGAGUUCGAGACCAGCCUGACCAACAUAGAGAAACCCUGUCUCUACUAAAAUCACAAAAUUAGCUGGGCAUGGUGGUGCACGCCUGUAAUCCCAGCUACUCGGGAGGCUGAGGCAGGAGAAUCGCUUGAACCCAGGAGGCAGAGGUUGCGGUGAGCUGAGAUCGUGCCAUUGCACUCCAGUCUGGGUAACAAGAGUGAAAUUCCAUCUCAAAAAAAAAAAAAAAAAAUUAGCUGGGCGUGGUGGUGAGCACCUGUAAUCCCAGCUACUCUGGAGGCUUAGGCAGGAGAAUUGCUUGAACCCGGGAGGCAGAGGUUGCAGUGAGCCAUGAUCGCACCAUUGCACUCCAGCCUGUGUGACAGAGCUAAACUCCACCUCAAACAACUAAAUAAAUAAAGCCUUAUGCACCCUCGGAAGCACAGCACUCAUGCCGGAGUCUGGCUACCACACUGGCCAUGGCAUAGUGAGCAUCCUCACGUGAUGUUUACUGAUUGCACAGUAUCCCUUAGAUGAAUGUGCCCUGCUGUGUUGUUGGCCCUAUUGCUGCCAAAACAACUUUUUUCUGGCCUGGGCCUCUUCUCUCUGCUCUGUGCACCUUCCCUAGACUCUUACCUCUCACUUGGUGUGGAUGUGGUCUACACUAUAGCAACACCAGCUGAGCUGCAGCCCUGUGUCACUGACCAUCUCGUGGGCCUCUGCUUGCAUGUCUAAAACCAGACUUGGAACUGGCCCUUCCUCCUCCCGUCCCUGUCUUUGUAAAAGCUUCCACCAUCCACCCAGGCUUGGGUGUUUGCUGAGGUCUCAUCCUCUCCCCCAUUUCCUCUCUUGCCACCUUCAGUCAACAGCUAGGGCCAUCAGUUUUAGCACCUAAAUGGCUCUCAGAUCUGCUGCUUCCUGUUCAUUU